GAUGUGAGUGGCAGAGAACCUCCAGACAGGUGACUUGAGGGCGUCAUGGCUUCCACAUCAGUGCUCCUGCUUCAGCUGCUCCUGGUCUCACUGGCGGCUGCAUCUCAUUACUUUGGGGGAUCCACGACCUACACCUACAAAGGAAAGAACCAAGACGGAACAUUCCGGGUGGACAUUCGCAACAGGGACACCUUUGAUGGGUGUCAAUACUCCCUCAAUUGGAAUUGUUACCAAAGCAACUGUGGAUAUGUCCGCAGAAGUCAGAAAGGUGUGAUUGACAACAGCACCAAUGCACCACGAUACAACCGGCAAUGGUGUGAAACCGAAACCGUCAGCACAAGAUACCUCGCGAGUGACAAACCUGUUCAAAUGAGGGCUGCAAGCUGCUGUUGGAUCCCAAAGCGUAACGGGAACGCUAAUUGGAGACUACAUUCUUCACUGGAUUUGGGAUCAAGAUCUGACACUGGAAAACCAAACAGAUCGCCAGAAAUUGCCAUUCUACCUUUGCUAAGAGUUCCCCAGAACUGCCCAAGGACAUACAAGCUGAUGUCCUUUGAUCCUGACGGCGACAAAGUUCGAUGCAGAUAUGGAAAUAUCCCAAAUCUAGAGUGUCAGUCGUGUAACCAACCUUUAGGCUUUGCCUUGGAUCAGGGCUCUUGCACAUUACACUACCAACGCUCUACAGCCGACCCCAGAGUUUAUGGAUUUGAGUUGAUGGUGGAAGACUUCCCGCAAAGGCCCAUCACUCUGGCCUACGCUGAUGGAUCCCAUUCCACAAAGAGUCCACUUGUUGUGAGGCAUAAAAGACAAUCCAGAAGUAUCUCAAGUUGGGGCACCAUCAUCCCAACAACCACACCUCCACACACAACCACCACACCAUACCCAUGGUGGUGGUCUUAUACUAAAACCACACCAUACCCAACAACAACCACCGCAAAAACAACCACCGCACCAUACCCAUGGUGGUGGUAUUAUACUACAACCACAGCAGCUCCAACAACCACAGCAGCCCCAACAACCACAGCAGCUCCAACAACCACACCAUACCCAACAACCACACCUUACCCAACAACCACACAGCCCCAACAACCACAGCAGCUCCAACAACCACACCAUACCCAACAACCACACCUUACCCAACAACCACAGCAGCCCCAACAACCACAGCAGCUCCAACAACCACACCAUACCCAACAACCACACCUUACCCAACAACCACAGCAGCCCCAACAACCACACUCCAACAACCACAGCAGCUCCAACAACCACACCAUACCCACCAACCACACCAUACCCAACAACCACAGCAGCCCCAACAACCACACCAUACCCAACAACCACACCAUACCCAACAACCACAGCAGCCCCAACAACCACACCAUACCCAACAACCACACCAUACCCAACAACAACCAGCUCCUACCGACAUGCCAACACUCCUCCCCUCAGUAA